AUACUAGUCCAUGAUAAGGGAUCCAGUGCAGCCAUUGCCCUGGCCGCCUCCAAGCCAUUCUUGCUUCCCGCCGUCGUUGUGUCCGAGUACAUGCUUCCUGGCUUUGGUUAUGAGGAAGCAAGUUAUCCGCAGCAUUCAUGGGAUUUGAAUUCCAAUUGGCACCUGUCUCUCUUUGCUGUUAUGGAUAGUGCAGAGUUCCUGAUGCGUGGGCGGGAACGUGAGUUUCUUUCUUGGUACUUUUGGCACGGGAGUUUCGUUGGAGCCCAGGCCAUACCGGAUGAUAUUUUGGACCGUUAUACUACGACUAUCCGGAAGCCCGGCUUUCUGCGAGCACUGAUAGGACCGUUCUCGGCGUUAUCCCUCAGCACCGACGCAAACUUUUUCCGGUCGAAGCUGCGUGCCAACGAGGGUGGUAGUGCGCUACCAAUGCCGCUUUUGGCAAUCGGCGGCGAGGCCAGCAUGGCCCCUCGGGAUGUUUUGCAACAAAUUUGGGGCCCAGUUUCAGCGGAACUAGACAUUGAUGUAGCGCCAAAAGCCGGUCACUGGAUACCUGAUGAGAACCCUACCUGGCUAGCUCAACGCACAUUGAGGUUC